AUGAAGUGGUACAGCGCGAGCUUUAUUCUUUGGAUUGUUCUUAUAUUCCAAAAGCUUCAAAUUUGUUCAGCAACUGUAUCCAAUAGUAUAGAUGAUAUUCUACAAUUGCAAGAUGAGAACGGUGUGAUAUCGGUGACAGCUGAAAACUACUCAAUGCUAAGCCGUGCCUUUCCAGAUUAUUAUAAUGUCUUGUACAUCACCAUGAGAGGUACGAAUAGUAAGGGCAUGGGUUGUGAAUUAUGCUAUGAUUUUGAGAGAAGUUAUCAUACAGUUGCCAAUGCUAUUCACUUGCAGGCACCACAAUCUUUGAGUUUGUUUUUUACAGUAGACGUCAAUGAAGUACCACAAUUGGUCAGGGACUUGCAGUUAAAGAAUGUUCCUCACCUUGUGGUAUACCCUCCUGCAGAACCCAGCAAACAAGCAGAUUUUGAAUGGAAAACGUCACCUUUUUAUCAGUACGCUUUGGUUCCAGAUAAUGCAAAGGAUGCUUUGAAAUUUGGUGAUUUCUUAGCCAAAAUCCUUAACAUCUCGAUAACUGUUCACCAAGACUUCAACGUCCAGGAAUUCGUCUAUUAUUUUAUCGCAUGUAUGGCACUUUUUAUUUUCGUUAAGAAGGUGAUUCUUCCAAAAAUAACUAAUAAAUGGAAAUUCUUCUGUAUGAUAUUAUCAUUCGGUUUGCUUUUUCCAAGUAUCACUGGUUACAAAUUCACAGAAAUGAAUAGAAUUCCCUUUAUUGCGCGUGAUGAGAAGAAUCGCAUAAUGUACUUUAGUGGCGGUUCAGGAUGGCAAUUUGGUAUAGAAAUCUUUUCUGUAUCGUCAAUGUAUAUCGUGAUGUCCUCAUUAUGUGUACUGUUAAUUUGCCUGCCCAUGACUUCACGUAUAAGCGAAAAGAUGAGGGGACUACUGGCGCCAUUCUUAGCCUGUGUUUUGUUCUAUUUCUUUUCGUAUUUCAUUAGUUGCUAUUUGGUCAAGAAUCCAGAAUAUCCAAUUAUUUUUUGA